CUGACCUAGAGCUUCUUGAGAUACUGAGGAGACGGGUGAUUUUUACGAACCCAGAUGAAAGGCCGCAUGAUCUGGCACCUUACUGAGUUCAGAAAAAGCACCUUCUUGCUUUUGGGAGUGAUUUGUUUUGCUUUCCUUUAAAAUUUGUCCAAGGCUAAGAACUGGGCCGCGAGCGAAGAAGCAAAACAGGAUAGAAGCACGGGAUUGACAAGGACGGCCGAGCGUCAUGCGAGAGGAACAGUCUUGUGGCGACUUUCCCGAGGGUGGGGUCCUACCCAGUGAAGAGGAGCAAGAACGUCGACCUAACAAGUGCCCCGUCGUUGUUGCACCACCAACAGGUGCUCGAAAGCGGCUGACAGGUCCUAAGAAAGAGCCUGGUACACCCCUAAAACUGGACGACAAGACGUCACCAGACUGCCCAUCCACGAUCGUUCCCUCUUGCCCCAAGCGGCCCAAGAGAAGCUCUCCUCCUUCCUCAUCGACCUCUGCGGCCUCCCUUGUGCCCACCGUGAGCUCGGUGUCACCUGUGCCCGGGCAACCGUUCGAGGACCUCCACACGCAACGAGUGAUCGCUAACGUCCGGGAACGGCAGCGCACACAGUCCUUAAAUGACGCAUUCGCCUCCCUGCGGAAGAUCAUCCCAACGUUGCCUUCAGACAAACUGAGUAAGAUUCAGAUCCUCAAACUGGCUUCGAGAUACAUCGACUUCCUCUACCAGGUUCUCCAGAGCGAUGAGAUGGAUGCCAAGCUGGCCAGCUGUAACUACCUGGCCCACGAAAGACUGAGCUACGCCUUCUCUGUAUGGAGGAUGGAGGGCGCUUGGUCCAUGUCCGCCACUCACUAGACGUUCACCCAUUCCUAAUCCUCCCUACAGCCCGAUACAACCCUCCAGAUCCAACCCGCCUCUGAACUCUGAACCUGCAGAGAAAGUGACUCUGAUUUCUAAAUCUAUCGCUGUCUGUCUACUAGCUAUGGCUUCGAAUUCACCAGCAACAGCCAUUUGACUCCUGCUGCCAUGACCUGACCCUGCCUAAAGCUGACCUCUGACCUUCCAACACUGAACUUUUUACUUUAUCUCAGAGCAGCCCUGUAAAAGUAUCCCACUAUCCCAGAGGACAUCAUGCUUCGACUACAAGCCAACAAUCCUUCCCUUCUUCUAAUGGAGCAAUACAACAAAAUGCAAAAUGCAAAAAAAAAAAGACCUCCACCAUCUAAAGGAUCUAAGAUUGUUCAGAUUGGAUCAGACUCUGGUUGAGUGGAGGGGUGCUGAUUUGUGAUCAGUGUUCAUUGACUUUGAUUAUGCAUGGACACGCAGAGGCAUAAGGACUCUACACUUAUAGCUAACCUAUAGCAGCUAGCCUGAUGGAAAAAAUGCUUCGUAGACUCACUAUAUUCCCUGAUAUACAGAUCUGAUCAGAGUUGUUGUGCUUGUCAUAUUGUGCUGUAUAUUAGCCAACAUUAUUACUUCUGUGACAGUGUAACAAUUGUGUCAUGGUAUAUACCACAUCCGUUUAAAUGUAAAGGUUGUUACGUUUAAAAAAAAAAUAAAGCUGUAAGAUUAAUUCUGCAA